AGUUUCCAAUAUUGUUUAUUCAUAAUUAUUUUCCAUUUUAAAACUGUCAAGGUGACAAGUUGUUAUAUACAUGUACGUUAAAUGAUUUGUGCCAAAGUGGAAAAUACGCAAAAAAAAAAAGGAAAAAAUGAAUACGAACGUACGGAAGAAGAGAAGUGAAUCGCACAUAUUAAAUACUAUUUAAACCAAGGAUAAGGAUGUAACAUAUACUAGAAACAAAUGUGAAAAGAAGAAAGAGUAUAUUUUAAUAGGAUACAACUUUGUGGACCCAACUAAUACGCGAAUGUAUACAAGAAAGCAUAGCGAUUUGUAUUGGAAACAUCAUAUAAAAUUAAUAAAGGAAGCACGUAACAACCCUGUAACAUUCCAAUAACAAAGUAGUACUUUUCACGUUUGUUUUAACAACAACGUAUACACAGAAAUAUACAUAAACAUUUAUAAUAUUUACACUCAUAUUGUGAUAGUUGGUAUCAUUCUAUACAUCAUGAUCGUGUAACCUUUGCACCUUAAAUCAACAAAAUCAUUAUUUUAAAAAGUUAUGUAAAUACAUUACCAUUCUAUAGGAUAUUGACAAGAGAUAACAUAAGACUCGGAUAUAAUCAAACAUGAUCUGAGGAUGUUUAAAGUGUGGUUAUUGAAAUGUCAAGAAUAAUUGUACAAGAAAGCGUCAAGAUAUUGAUAUUUGGAUGAUUACUCUGUCGAUCUUGCGUUUUAUUAUGAAAAUUGACUGAUUUAAUAUUUGGAAAAUAGUUAUGAAUUUACCUGACAGUGAGAUCAAAGUAUAUAAUGUGAAAGUAUAAUGAUUGCAAUGAUAGUGCAAUAGAAAGUAUAUAUAUUAAAAUAAGAUGCACCUACAGUAUAUGUAUUUAAGUUUCUAAUCUACAUCGUAUCUCGUGGAAAGGCUACUUGAAAGUCAACAGAUUUGACAUAUUUAAUCUGUGUAGUUUCCAAAGCAGUAUUCUAUAAAGCGAAAAGCAGUUAUAAUAAAUAAACAUUAUCUUUUAUAAAUACCAUGUCUAUCCAUUGGGGUAUAGCAGGUGCUGGCAAAAUAUCACAUGAUUUUGUAACAGCUUUACGAUCGUUACCAAAAUCUGAACAUGUAGUUGUUGCAGUAGCAGCUCGUGAAUUGUCAAGGGCUCAGAAUUUUUCUAGCUUGCAUAACAUUGAAAAGGCUUUUGAUAAUUAUACAAAACUAGCAGAGGAUAACGAUAUUGAUGUCGUAUAUAUUGGAACGUUACAUCCCCAACACUUUGAUAUUGCAAAAUUAAUGUUGCAUCAUGGAAAACAUGUUUUAUGCGAAAAACCUUUAACUAUGAAUUUAAGGCAAACAACAGAGUUGAUAAAUUUAGCAAAGGAGAAAAAGUUAUUUUUAAUGGAAGGAAUUUGGAGUAGAUGUUUUCCUAUAUAUGAAAUUCUUAAGAAAGAGAUUGAAUCUGGAAGUAUUGGACAAAUUCAUCAAGUUCUUGUAUCUUUUGGAUUUAAAAUGCCGGAUGUUGAACGAUUGAACAUAAAAAGUCUAGGAGGAGGUACUGUAUUGGACUUGGGUGUAUAUGUAAUACAGUUUGCUUGUUUAAUAUUUAAUAAUGAAAUGCCUCGUACUGUGCAAGCUGCUGGAUGCUUAAAUGAGGAGGGAGUUGAUCAAUCUGUAUCUGCCACCUUUCUUUACAACGGAAAUCGUACUGCAACCAUUAUUACUCAUUCUCUAGUUGAUUUACAAAAUGAAGCCUACAUUAUUGGUACAAAAGGAAUGAUAAAAGUGCCAAACUUUUGGUGUCCUACAACUAUAGAGCUACCAAGUGGUAAAAUAAAUGUAUCACUUCCUGAAACUAAAAGCAAGUUCAAUUUUAUUAACAGUGUUGGAUUAUCUUACGAAGCCACUGAAGUUCGUAAUUGCAUUUUAGCAGGUGUGACCGAAAGCUCCAAAGUACCACACAAUGUUUCUUUAUUAAUUGCACAAUUAGAAGAUGAAAUUCGAAGGCAAGUUGGAGUUACAUAUCCUGAGGAUUAAACUAAUUAUAUCACAUGCAAAAUAAUUCCAGCUUGAUUAAGUAUACUCAAUAAUACAUAAUCAUAUUAAUAUUUUAUAUUCAAACUUGAAAAAUGUUUUCUUAUAAUAUAUAUCUAUAUAAAAUAUAUCUAUAUAAAAUAAAUUUUCUGUAUUAAAAAUUGAUAAAGAAUUUAUGCAUCAU